AGGAGGCGGUCGGAGCGCAGCUAUAGCUGCUUCACAAUAGAAAGAGCCGGAAAUGAGGAAGCUGCUCGAGGUGUGACUGACUAUCCCGUUCUCCUUUUGCUGGUGGACCCCCUAACUCAGAGCCAGGGAGAAGUGUCGGUGGCCGCUGCGUUGUUGCUGGAAGAGCGGGGAUAAAAUAGGAAACAGGUCGGUGUCCGGGGUGAAGUACAGAAGCUUAGAAGUCCUGCUGAACUAAAAGGCCAUUGAUAGUUUUUUGGUUGCUGAGGAUUUCUUGGUGAAAGGACGUAUCUUGUUUCUUUGUGUGCCUUACCCACAGUCUACCAAAGAGGUAAAUCAGGGUGAAAUAAAUCAAACAAAAAUGCCGCUGUUCAAAUCACACAAAAGUCCAGCAGACAUUGUCAAAAAUCUCAAAGAGAACAUGGCGAUGCUGGAAAAGCAGGAUAUUUCAGACAAAAAGGCUGAAAAGGCCUCCGAAGAAGUGUCAAAAUGCCUGCUAACCAUGAAGGAGAUACUAUGUGGUACCAAUGAUAAGGAGCCUCAGACUGAAACAGUUGCACAGUUGGCGCAGGAACUCUAUAAUAGCGGAUUGCUGAUAUCAUUAAUUGCACACUUGCAACUGAUAGACUUUGAGGGUAAAAAGGAUGUUACCCAGAUCUUCAACAACAUUUUGCGGAGACAGAUUGGUACUCGCACUCCAACAGUGGAAUAUAUAUGUUCCCAUGAGCAAAUCUUGUUUAUGCUGUUGAAGGGGUAUGAAACGACAGAGAUUGCCUUGAACUGUGGAAUCAUGCUGAGGGAAUGCAUCAGACAUGAACCACUUGCCAAAAUAAUUCUUUAUUCAGAACAUUUUAGAGAUUUCUUCAAAUAUGUGGAAAUGUCAACAUUUGACAUUGCUUCAGAUGCCUUUGCUACAUUUAAGGACUUACUCACCAGACAUAAAGUCAUGUGUGGACAGUUUUUAGAACAGAACUAUGAUCUGGUAUUUAAUGACUAUGAGAAGUUGUUGCAUUCCGAAAACUAUGUGACAAAAAGGCAGUCUUUAAAGCUUGUGGGCGAGCUGCUGUUGGACAGACACAAUUUUACAGUUAUGACGCGGUACAUCAGCAAACCUGAAAACCUCAAGCUCAUGAUGAAUCUCUUAAGGGACCAAAGUAGGAAUAUUCAGUUUGAGGCAUUUCAUGUAUUCAAGGUUUUUGUGGCAAAUCCAAAUAAAACACAACCUAUCCUGGACAUCCUGUUGAAAAACCAGACCAAACUGAUAGAGUUCCUCAGUCAGUUUCAAGCAGACAGAACAGAUGAUGACCAGUUUAAUGAUGAAAAGUCCUAUUUGAUCAAACAGAUCAGGGAUUUGAAAAGACCAGCUCCUCAACAGUCGUAACAUAUUUGUUUAGAAGCAGCAUCUAUGGAUGGAGCUUUAACUAUUUGCCGCACCUGUAUACAAUUUGAUUACAUUUCUUUGUAGGGAAGGGAUUGUGUAGUAACAGUAACUCACUUCUAAUAUUUAUAUAUAAUAAAACUAAUUUUAUUCAUGCAUAUUGUCUUUGAGUGCCUGUAUAUUAGUUUUUUUUCCUCCUACAUCUAUGGUUGUAUGUGGGUUUAGGAGUUUACAUAAUUGUACAGUAGCAGUGAUUCUUUGCCCUGCUAGUUUUAAGUUUUUAAGUAACUGUGGCUGGGGUUAGCAUGCUGUUGGUGAUUUGGCUGUAGCCUCGGGUCAGAUCUCAUUUGCUACUGUAUUACUAUGUAAAUGAGGUUUUUUUUUAUUUUGAGUACGUUUAUCACUAUAGAUUAGGGAAAGUCUGCGGCACUAUCUUUUCACAAUGGCAAAUCUACAGAGCUUGCUACUUUUGAAACUAUUCUAAUUAGCUUUAAGAAUGGGCCUGAUCCCAUAAAACACCCGCCAUGUUAGCCCUGCAUUAGAUUAACUAGCGACUGAGGUAUUUAAUAUUGCUAAAUGUCAAGAGCAGACACCCUAAGUCUAUGCAUGUAAACCUACUCAUUAAUAUUAGUACACAAUUUUUAUUGUGAACAGGUCAACAUAAAGCAGAUAAAGAAUGAUUGGUGAAUAUUUUCUUUACGUAUAAAACCGAAACCAUGCCCCAAUCAUUUUUUUUUAAUUUACUUGGAAGGGGUCAAGCUGUAAUUUAAUUUUGUGGUUGCACAUAUUGUUUUUCUUUCCAAAACGUGUAAUUGUACAUACGUGGUUGCAUUCAAUGAAUACUUGUUACAAUGUACGGCUGCAUUUAGAAGUAAUUGCUCUGAUGGUCAGCUUUUCACAAAAUCACAAAUACAGCCUAAUUUGAGUACUUUUUAAAUAAAAGAUAUUAAACUUAUGAAAAGCUUAAUUUGUUUUUUUUUGUUUUAAAUGAUUUAUGCUGUAUGUUUGCCAAAAUUGUUUCACUUGGUUUCACUUUUAAAGAUGUAAUUUGAAUUCUGUAUUAUUUCGAGAGGUCAUUAAUUCCUAUAAAUUGCUAAUCAUGUUUUUUUUUACAUUUCAAAAUCAGAUGGUUUGGGGGAAUUCUUUCUGUACUGCGCUAUGAAGUUGUGAAACAUUGUACCAGCCUUACGAAGGCAGUUAUUACUGAAGGAAAUAAUCUAGAGAAUACUUCAGAUUAAAUUGAUAAAUUGUUUAUUCCACUGGUGAAUAACUAUACAACAUUUGUGUGGACAUAGUUGAAAAAUUAAAAAGAAAAAUUACUGA